AUUUGCACAGGUCGUUUUGUGCCUUUAAUUUAACAUUUUAUAAACCUAUAAUGUUUAUUCAAUUUAUUAUAAUAGUUCGUAUCAAUGAUUAAAUCUACAUAUUUCAAAUUGCAGGACGUCUACUAAUGAAGGCUGAUAAUUGCUGAAUUACUAAAAAUUUAAUUUUCUAUGAUAACGUAAUUAAUAUUAUAUGAUAACAUAAUUUAAAAUAUGUUGUGGAAAGAAGCUGUUAUAUUUUUUGAAGUAUUUUUAACAAUAAAUAAUCUGAGGACCUAUAAAUGUAGCAAAAUAACAGAACCAGAGAGCCCCCAACUAGAAUACCUUGUUUGUCGACAAUGUGGUGCAGAUACUGCCGACACAUAUUAUAUUUAUGAUCACUUCAGUCCAGAAGCUAUGCACGUGAAAACGAAUCAAAGUAUUUUUGGACGAACAGAUGUUGCUGUCCAACUCUUAGAAAAUCCAUUUGGAAUGCAGUUUGAGGUUGUAACAGUCGCUAAAGCAUUAUGUGCAAAAACGAAUAGAGAUAAGUGGCAUGUAAAUUAUUCAUGGUACCCGGGAUUUUCUUGGAAACAUUGCCUUUGUCCAAGAUGUGGAACGCAUCUUGGUUGGAUGUUUGAACCUUUAGAUACGGCAACAUCAGACCGAAGUGUACCAUCUGACCAAGGAUUUUAUGUUCUUAUUUUAGAUAAAGUUUUAAGUGAAGGAUUUAUUAAUUCUCACAUGAUUCUUGGACGUACAAUAUUUAGUUAGUGCUUACUAAUUAUUCCUAUACACAAUGCAGUGCACUGCAUGUAACGUAACUUGAACUAGUCAAUUGUGUGUAUUGAGCAAUUUGAAAUGUUUUAAAAUGGAAUUGUCUGUUAAUUAUGAUAAAUCUUAUCUUGUACAAAAUAUUGUGAUCUUGAGUUUUGCAAUGUUGCUAAAACGUGAGUGUUGUUUUUGAGCCAUCUCAAACUUGUGUAAAUAAAUAAAAAUAAAAAUACUUAUA